CACCAAACAGUGACUGAUUAAUUUUCAUCACUCUAGAGUGGAAAUGCAUUUAUUCUCGUUCGAUCAAGGUAGAUGUCAUACUUUAACAAUGCUGCUUCUGUUUCAAGUGAUGUCUUCUGGUCACAAAUUCGUAUCGUCUGCUUAUUGGUUUGUUAGUCACGGCGGAACUAAUCAAGAUAAUUGCGGAAGCUGGACGGCACCAUGUCAAACUUUACGAUAUGCUGUACGUGUAUCAAAUGAUAACGAUGAAAUUUAUGUUGAUUAUGCUGGCGGAAGACCGUAUAUGGAAUGUGAAAACAGGACGUAUGACACCUCUUCAAUUAACUUAAACAAAAGUCUUUCAAUUUUUGGAAGACAUGGACGUGCAUUGAUAGUAUGUAUAAAACGUUCGACAUUAUUUCGUGUUCAGAAUGGAAAGUGGAGAAUUAUCAAAAUUAGCUUACACAAUUUGACGCUCAAAUCAACUGGUGCAGCUGUGGACUGCAGAGAAGCGACGGGAUUUGCAUUGACGAUUGAAAAUUUAACCAUCAAAGAUGAUCUUCAAGGUGUUUACAGCAAGACAUCUGUGAACUGUUUUAUAAACAUACUGAACUCUAUACUUGAGGGUACCAAAACAGGAGGCAUUGUCUUAACAUGCUCAAAUCUCACUGCAAAUAUAAAAAAUAGCAUUUUUAGAUCAAGUCCGGUCAUCCUGAAAACAGUCUACAGAAAAAUUUAUGAAAAUGAAACUUCCAAAUUCCUCGUUUUUGUGGAAAACACAGUCUUUGACGGAGAACGCAUUCUUCUACAUAGCAGUCUUUUGGAAAUAAAACCUUAUGCCAUUGUUUUCAACGCAACAAUAUUGAACACUACUUUCAUUGACCAUUAUUCUGAAACAACAGCUUACCAAAAACAUGUGCCAUUGUUACUCAGAGAUCAAAGUGUGAGAAAUCGCAUCUUAACAGUAGUAUCUAUGAAAAACAUUAACGUAGAGAACAAUGUAAACAGACUUUCCGCAGUUAGUUGUACCGUAUUAUCUACUGCUGGAAAUUCAUUCAAAGUUCAAAUAAUCAACAGCACUUUUAGAAACAAUUCGGUCGCAUUAUUUCUUUCACUUAUCUACUCCGGCAAACAUCUUUACAGUACUUCAAAUAACAGCCCACAAUGGAUCCCAGUUAUGGUAAAAAAUAAUUUAUUUAUUGACAACGGACGAAGAAACCUCAUAGGCAUAUCUCCGAUACUGUUAGGAAAAGGUCGCUAUUUGAUGAUCUCAUGUCGCUUCUAUGACAACAGAAUGGGAAAAGACCCGUCUCAAGCGAUCAUGAAAGUUCUGGGUACGACGAGAGUCAUUUUUAAAAAUUGCCGUUUUAAAAACUGGCAAAGCGAUACGGCUGCUACACAAUUUUACGUGCAAGGAACUUCUCCUGUUUACUUCAAGGGAGAAAACUUAUUUCUCUUCAAUGCUCUUAACAUGGGGCAAACAGUGUUUAUGCGAAGUUCUCUAAAAACAAAUUCUCUGCUCUUUAUCAAAGGCAAUUUCACUAUCGUAUGUCCACAUGGAUACACGCUAACAUUUGAAAAGCAUUGCAUUGUUCAAGGGUCCUAUAUAGUUUGUAGGUAUUUGUACGUACAAUGCAAUGAAUGCCCCCCAAAAACGUACACUUUGGAAAGAUCAAUAUUCACAAACACUAACAGCAAUGACGUCCAAUGCAUGCAAUGUCCUCGUGGUGGAAUAUGCAGUGGCGGAAUCUUGAGUUCGCAACCAAAUUUUUGGGGCUACAGAUCUCAUUCGUCCAUCACAUUUGCACAAUGUCCACCUGGUUAUUGCUGUAACCUAAGUCAUUGCCCUACUUAUAAAGGUUGCCAAGGAAACAGAACUGGCACACUGUGUGGAAGAUGUUUAAAAGGCAUGUCAGAUAGUUUACUUAGUACGUCAUGCACUUUGAAUGGCAACUGCUCACUCCGGGUUUUCAUACCCAGUGCGAUUGCGUUAUUGAUCGUUUAUUUGAUUUUCUUUCUUUUUCACAAUGAUAUUAACCGCUUUUUCAAAGAAAGUCUUCACAUUUACGGAGGGAUUUUUGGGCGACGGCAUUUGCAAAGUGCAAAGCGAAGAAGCAGUGGCUUACUGAAAAUAUUUUUUUAUUAUUAUCAAGUUUUUCAUCUUCUACGAAGUGUAGUAGGUCGCGGAAAGCGCAAUAUAUUCCUUACUAAGCUAGAAGAUGACGUAUUGCGUGUUGUGCAUUUAAUUCCCGUCGAUUUCUCUUCGUUCACUUGCCCUUUUCCCAAUCUUCAACCCAUUCAAAAGGAAUUAAUAAUACAUUCCAUUGGCUAUUGUUUACUAGUGCUUCUUGGACUGGUAUUUUUGUUCACUAAAAUCAUUUUGAUGUCGCUAAGACGCCAUGAGAAUGUGGAUAACGAAUUGACAAUGUUAGUAAGAAAUUUUUCCUCUUUACCAUCCUCCUCAACAUUCAAGUCGAGGAUUUUCUCAGCAUAUACAUAUGUUGCACUUUUGAUGUACGCAUCUUCAACAAAACUGUGCCUUUCACUGCUUCACUGUGUACGAAUUGGUGACGACGAUGUUUUGUUUUUGGAUGGAAAUGUAAAAUGUUAUCAACCGUUUCAAUAUGUUCUCAUAGGUUACGUUACAUCUUCUGUGCUUCCAUUUUGUCUCGUGCCAGUUUUAGGAGCAUAUCUCUUGAAAACAGAUCAAAUUUCUGUUGCACAGUUUUGCUUUUCGUGUUUAAUACCGCUGCCCUUCUGUUGUUUUUGGUCGUAUUUGCUUGUGAAAAAUUACAUCAAUCGCAAACGUGGCCUAAAUGAAUCACAAAAGCCUUCAUUUUCUCGUUUUUUACAAUAAUCAUUUUCAU